GUGGCGCUUGAACAGCAGCUUGGAUUUAACUGUUGACCUGCUGGCUAACAGGUGGGGGAACAGAGAGUGGAGGAGAUACAAUCCGAGGAACCAUGUUGAGGAUGAAGACGUUGCUCCUUCUCCUGGCUUUUUUUGCCUGGAGCUCGGACGCCUGGUUCUGGUCCAAAGACCCAGAACCCACAACAUCAACCUCCAUUGAGUCAACACCAUCGGGAACGACAGGUGCCGCCAACGCAACUCAGAAGAACCUGGAGGAGGAGGAGGAGGAGGAGGAGGAGGAGGAGGAGGAGGACGACAACUUGUCUGGGGUUGGGGAUGAAAUCCUCAACGUAACCACGGGAAUCCGUAAGUUUGUGGCGGCGUGGGACGUGACCCCGACCCCCGGGACUACUAACGGAGGCCCCACACAGAAGGUGGAGAGCGCUAACCCUAACACCACCGAGGAGAGCGGCGUCUCUUUGCUGCAGCUGAUCGGAGACCCCCCUCCGGAUGAGAUCCCCAGGGUGACUGGACCCAGGGGGGAGCCGGGCUUCAUCUUCAACCGGGCGUCGGUGUCGGGCCAGCUGGCUCUAGCCCACAUCCCGAACCCCUUCCACCGCCACUUCUCCCUCGUCUUCCACAUCAAGCCCACCUCCCCCGACGCCUCGGUGCUGUUCUCCAUCACCGACGGGCCUCAGAAGAUCAUGUACGUGGGCGUGAAGCUGAGCGCGGUGCAGAAUAGCCGCCAGAGGGUGCAGUUCUUCUACACCGAGCCCGGCUCGGAGGCUUCGUACGAGGCCGCCAGCUUCGAGGUGCCCAGCAUGGUGGAGACCUGGAGCCGCUUCUCGCUGUCCGUCUUCGACGAGCAGGUCACUUUCUACCAGGGCUGCGACUCGGAGCCCCAGGUGGUCAAGUUCGAGCGCUCCCCCGACCCCAUGGAGCUGGACGCGGGGGCUGGGAUCUUUGUGGGGCAGGCGGGGGGGGCCGACGCUGACAAGUUCAAGGGUGUGAUUCUAGAUCUGAAAGUGGUGGGGGACCAUCGUGCAGCGGAGCGUUUGUGUGACGACGAGGACGACUCUGACGCUGCGUCUGGUGACUUCGGCAGCGGUGACGGCGAGCGGAGACAGACAGGACACACUGUGAAGACCACUCCUCGUCCCUUGCGGCCAGUACCUGCCCCCCCUCUGAUUCCCUCACAGGGGAACAUACUCAGAGAAUCAGGUACCGCCGUUUCUAAAGGGGAGAAAGGAGACAGAGGGAACCAGGGCUUAAAGGGGGACCUUGGCCCCGCAGGGCCGAAGGGGGAGUCCUCCUCCUCCGGGUCGUCCUCCGGGUCCUCCUCUCAGGGUGGAGGACAGAAGGGAGAAAAAGGAGUAAAGGGCAGUUCCGGGUUCGGUUACUCCGGUAAUAAAGGAGAGCGCGGGGCUCAGGGGUCCUCUGGGCCCCCUGGCCCCCCCGGCCCUGCAGCUGAGGUGGUGCGACUUGGUAAUGGAGACGUGGUGCAGCAGGUGUCCGGACCCUCCGGACCCCCAGGGUUCCCGGGGAUCAAUGGGGCCCAAGGACCUGCAGGGACGGACGGAGAGCCAGGUGAUCCAGGAGAGGAUGGAAAAGCUGGUGCCACGGGGCCACAAGGUUCUCCAGGAAAUCCAGGAACGGCUGGCUUUAAAGGCGAAAAGGGUGAUGUUGGAGAGGGUCAGCCAGGGCCCAGAGGUGCCCCGGGACCACCAGGACUUCCUGGAACCGGCACUGGGGACCACCCAACCUUUUUUGACAUGGAGGGCUCAGGAUUCCCAGACUCGGACAAAAUCAGGGGUGGACGUGGCCUUCCAGGUCUGCCAGGGCCCCCCGGCCCCCCUGGGACUUCAGUGGCACUGGGACCCAACGGCCCGGUAGCUUUCGGACCCCCAGGACCGCCGGGACAGGACGGAGUCCCCGGAAUACCGGGACCGCCUGGCCAGCCAGGAAGACCGGGUCUACCGGGUCCCGGAGGAGAGAGGGGUGAAGGUGGGGAUCUUGGUCUUCCAGGAGUAGCUGGAGAAAAGAAAAACUCAGAAGACUCAGGCUUUUUCACGGGCCUGUAUUCUUACUUUGCUCCAUCCUCUACGGGGUCUCAGGGUGACCUGGGUCUGCCGGGUACUUCUGGGCAAUCGGGGCUGGCGGGGCUUCCAGGUCCCAUGGGGCCCGUCGGACCCGUCGGACCUCCAGGGCCACCGGGGCCUGGGUACCGAGGAAGUCAUAGUAACCAGGAUCAGGACGAUGUGAACAACGGCUAUGCUGGUCUCCCCGGCCCACCUGGACCUCAGGGUCCAUAUGGUAUUGCAGGACUUCCUGGUAAAUCCGGUUUGCCCGGUAACCAUGGAGACAAAGGAACCGAGGGGUCACGAGGACCUCCAGGGAUGCCAGGAAUGGACGGGUUCCCUGGACAGUCGGGCGAUAAGGGAGACCGAGGACAGAGAGGAGAGCAGGGUCUGCCAGGGCGUGACGGGGGGGGAGCGGGGCCUCCAGGGCCCCCCGGACCACCAGGAGAAAUCACCUACCAGAGAAGUGAUUCUAAUGAAGUGAUUUGGAAUGGAGGGUCACAGGGAGGAUCUGGUCUUCCAGGUCAAGCAGGAUUUCCAGGACCCUCGGGGCCUAAAGGAGACAAGGGAGACACAGGGCUUCCAGGAUAUGCAGCUAAGGGGGCGAAAGGAGAGCCUGGUAUCGUCCUGGGGCCGGACGGGAGACCUCAGUACCUCGGGGGUCUUGCAGGACGUCCGGGUGACGCUGGACCCCCGGGCCCUGAGGGACCUUCAGGUCCUUAUGGUGCUUCAGGACAUAAAGGAGAGAUUGGGAUUCCAGGCAGACCUGGUCGCCCGGGGCUGAACGGCGUCGGAGGAGAGAAGGGAGACUCAGGAUCAGGAUCUGGGUCUGGAGUUGGUUACCCUGGUGUUCCAGGUGCCCCCGGCCCCCCCGGACCUCCUGGAUCUUAUCCCACAGACAGACAGGGAGGAUAUGACGAUUAUUCCAGAUAUAACCCCGCUGCUAAAGGAGAUAAAGGUGACCCCGGACCCCCAGGCAGAGUUGAGAUUACAGGAGGCGGGUCGACCUUUGACAUCUACUCCCUGAGGAAUGAGAUGAAAGGGGAAAGUGGCACCCCGGGCUACAAAGGGGAUAAAGGAGAACCGGCCGGGGGAUAUUAUGACCCCCGAUAUGAAGUGAGCGGGGCCGGAGCACCUGGACCCCCGGGUCCAAGAGGAGACUCCAUCGUUGGGCCAGCAGGCCCUCAGGGGCCCCCCGGUGAGCCAGGGAGAGGCUAUGAUGGUCAGCAAGGACCCCCAGGGCCCCCUGGACCUGCAGGAGGAUCCACACCUGAAGUUUACAGAGGCACACAGACUAUCAAUAUUCCUGGACCCCCGGGACCACCUGGAACACCUGGACUACCUGGAUACUCCUCAGGGGUGACGGUGUUGAGGACGUAUGACACCAUGACAGCCACCGCCAGAAGACAGCCUGAGGGCUCUCUGGUCUACAUCAUAGAUCAAACUGAUCUCUACCUGAGGGUCCGGGGGGGCAUUCGUCAAGUCCAGCUUGGGGAUUACAUUGCUUUGCCCGUUGUAGAUGGUAACGAGGUUGCAGCUGUGGAGCCCCCACCUGUUGUUCCCUACUCCCCCCACCACACCGAAAACACCGACCCCUCCGUACACGACUCCCAAAGGCAACCUGAGAGCCCCGUCUACCCGGACCCUCACCACCCUACACAUCAGGACCCUCACCACCCUACACGUCAGGAUCCUCACCACCCUACACACCAGGACCCUCACCACCCUACACACCAGGACCCUCACCACCCUACACACCAGGACCCUCGCCACCCUCACGAGCCUACACACCAGGACCCUCACGAGCCUACACACCAGGACCCUCACCACCCUACACACCAGGACCCUCACCACCCUACACACCAGGACCCUCGCCACCCUCACGAGCCUACACACCAGGACCCUCACCACCCUACACACCAGGACCCUCACCACCCUACACACCAGGACCCUCACCAACCUACACACCAGGACCCUCACCAACCUACACACCAGGACCCUCACCACCCUCACCAACCUACACACCAGGACCCUCACCACCCUCACCAACCUACACACCAGGACCCUCACCACCCUACACACCAGGACCCUCACCAUCAGGAACCACAGUACCCGUCCAACCCUGAUCCCAGAUACCCCUCCCACCCUGACCCCAGAUAUCCCUCCAACCCUGACCCCCGGUAUCAGCCGGACCCUCGGUUCCCACCACCCACAGAUCCACGUUUCCCGAGUUACACAGACCGCCUGAACCAACCGGACGGGAGGGUUUCUGUCAACACGGCUCAGGAGCGCCCUGCGUACCCGGACUCCCGCUACGCGGACCCUCGCUUCGCCGUCACUCCUCAGCGAAGACCCCCUCCUCGGGUGCCCCACACUCCAGUGCACCAUCAUACCUCAGGAGCAGGGCUCCACCUCAUCGCCCUGAACAGCCCCCACUCCGGCUCCAUGCGGGGGAUCCGCGGAGCAGACUACCAGUGCUUCACCCAGGCUCAGGCCAUCGGGAUGAAGGGAACUUUCCGGGCCUUCCUCUCCGCCAAACUGCAGGACCUGCACAGCAUCGUGCGCCGGAGCGACAGGGACCACCUGCCCAUAGUCAACCUGAAGGACGAGGUUCUGUAUGACAGCUGGGACGCCAUGUUUAAUGAGGGCAGGAUGAAGGACAACGUGCCGAUGUACUCCUUCGAUGGCAAAGACGUCCUCAACGACAGCACAUGGCCGGAGAAGAUGCUGUGGCACGGGUCGAACGCCGCGGGGAGGGGUCAGGUGGACAGCAUCUGUGAGGGCUGGCGGGUGGGCGAGCAGGCGCUGACCGGCACGGCGGCGGAGCUGCGGAGCGGCAACCUGCUGCAGCAGACCCCCAGCAGCUGCUCCGGCUCCUACGUGGUGCUGUGCAUCGAGAACAGCUACAUCGGCCAGGCCAAGAGAUAAACACACACACACACACACACACACACACACACACACACACACACACACACACACACACACACACACACACACACACACACACACACACACACACACACACACACUGGACACCUCCCGAAGCCAUGCUUUUGUCCAUACUUUUCAGUAUGUUGUAAAUAUGUUUUCCUCUUAUGAAUAAUUAGUUUGUUUGUAAGCCAUUCCCAUAUGGUGCUAUACAGGACCCUCCCACAUGUUGAACCUUUGUUUAAACUCAGGAUAUAUACAGUAACACACCCUGCGGCAGCCAUAUUGGAAGUACACAAGGCAACAGUGUGUUUCCAGCAGGGACGCUCGCUUGUCUGUGAAUGGUUCUUUUCCACUUUUAAGCUAGCAAUCGCUUAAAUGCUGAUAUAAAUGUUGACGCUUGGUGCUUUAUACUUAAGAACACACAGGCUGAUUUUAUAGAGACAAUUUACUUCUGAGAAAGUAGUCCCAAUACUGUUUAUAGAUAGGUUUAUCCAAAGUGCCAGGGUAACAGGUUUGUGCCUCUUUUGUAAUACCAUUACAUACAAAAAGAUGUGUUUAUUACCAAAAAAUGUACGAUUCAACAUCAAUUUAUGGUCUUUUAAAGAACUUUCCAAAAUCCUCAAAGACUCUUCUAACCAUUUAGAUUAUAUGCACAAUAAACAACAUUCCUUUCAUAAGAUGAAAACCCAGGUUCUUGUCCAAUAUAUACAACAAAAAAUAAUGUAUUAUAUACAUGUUAGAUUCCUUUAUGAAUAACAGGGUCUUAAACGUAAACAAUUUUUUAUCCAGAAGCAAUCUUUAAGGAUAUUAUUUUUAAAAGCUUUGAUGCUAAACAACUUUUGUGAUUUUUCAAAGCUUGUAGGUUAGCUGUUUUUCAGGAAAUGGUACGAAUAAUUACAUUUUUAUAAUAUUUCCUCAACAAGGGGAAAUGUUAUAAUUAAUAUCUUUAGCAAGAUAUGUCACAUAACAGCACCCCCCUCUUUUUUAUCGAUAAAAGGGAAAUAAAUGUAUCUCAGAAAAGGGAUAAACCACUGUGAUCAUGCAUAGAAAGUACAUCUGUGUGAGUUACAUUUCGAAAAAACAGGUAGAUUUCAUGUGUCCCUUUCUUCUUCAUAUUUACAACCCUAAUACCUGAAGAGCAGUGUUAAUAAGGAUUUAAAACAACAUCUCCUGUGGCUUUAAUUCCACGUCUACUCUUUAUAUACAGUAUAUGUCAGUGCUAGAGUGGAAAAUUGAAAUACUCAGGUGGGUAUCGGUGCAGUCAUCCACACAUUUCAGCGUCCAACAUAAACCUGAGUUAUUGUUUAUUAAAAAUGGUUUAACUUCCUUUCUUUUACACUGAUAUAACCUGUAACCCAUAGCACUUCAGUAAUAGUCUUUUUUAUGUUGUGACUGUCUUACAUGGGAACAUGUUUCCGUAUUUUUAGCAGUAACAAAGGGAUAUUUAUUUUUUAUAAACCGUGCAUUUUCUAGUAUAGUGUGUGAAUAAUAACAUUUCCAAAUAUACCCAGAAGAUGUGCAGCCUUACACACACAUUUCCUCUGAUUCAAAGUUUGUGCAGGAAGUAUGCAAACAAAUGUACCGACAGAUAUCUGGACAGGAUUCAGCCAUAACUGUUUGUCUAUGCACUGUUGCUUUUUAUUCCUCCAUUUGUUUUUAUUUCUUCACAAACGGUAAAUGCACUGCAGCUAGCUGACAGCACUCUGCGGUUAAACUUCCAACACAGCCUUUCAUUAGUUUCCGCAUAAAGUAGACAAUAAAGUGACGUUUCCACGUGCCUUAACAACUGCAGUAAGAUCAUUAUUAUCUGUUUUUGACUUUGUGUUGAUGAGCAUCCUUUUAAAAUGCAACAUCUGCUUGAAUAAACCUGUGUGGAAAGUGUGA